UAACAAUAAAUUACUAGAACCUUCUCUUUCUCUCCGCUGUAAGCUAGGGUUUUUCUAGGGUUUAUUCUGAAGAACACCAAAAUCUGUAACACGCACGUGGAAAACAGGUUCCAGAAACUCUCACAGAUGGUUCGAACUAGAUUUUUUCACUCUUUCUCUCGGAGGCUUUUUGAAGAUUCUCGAAAUUCAGAUUUGAAGACCGUAAUUGGAGGACUUCACAGGAGCUUCAAUACUGGUGCUUGUAACCCAGUUUGGAUUACUGGAAAUUCCGCUUUUAAAAACGUUAAUAAUCAUAGACACUGCUUGCUGUUUGGUCUUCUGAAUAGCAAUUUGGGUUCAACGAGGUCAAUCCAUGGCACUGCUUCCAUGUCUGCAAGAGAUUAUUAUGAUAUACUUGGUGUGAAGAAGAAUGCGACUGCAUCUGAAAUAAAGAAAGCUUACUAUGGGCUAGCAAAGAAACUCCAUCCGGAUACAAACAAAGAUGACCCUGAAGCUGAAAAGAAGUUUCAAGAAGUUUCAAAAGCAUACGAGGUUUUGAAAGAUGAUGAGAAGCGUGGCAUCUAUGAUCAGGUUGGCCAUGAGGCAUUUGUGAACCAAGAAACCAAUGGUGGUCCAGGGUAUGAUGGUGGUUUUGGAAAUCCAUUCCAGGACAUCUUCAAUAUGGAGAAUAUCUUUAACAUGAAAGAUUUUUUCAGAAACAGAAUGAGCGGCCAAGAUGUCAAGGCUGCAGUAGAACUAUCGUUCAUGGAAGCUGUACAAGGGUGUUCCAAAACUGUCACAUUUCAAACAGAGUUGCCUUGUGAAGCUUGUGGUGGUGAAGGUAUCCCUCCUGGAGUUAAACCUGAAAAAUGUAGGCGGUGUAAGGGCUCAGGCAUGGAGUUUAUACAGAAUGGUUUUAUUAGCAUUAAUCAAACUUGUCGACAAUGUGGUGGAAGGGGUCAAGUUGUGACAAGCUUGUGCAAAGCAUGCAAAGGAGCUAGAGUCGUGAAAGGACCAAAGACAGUGAAAUUGGAUAUUAUGCCAGGAGUUGACAACAAUGAAACUUUAAAGGUCUUCAGAAGUGGUGGAGCAGAUCCUGAUGGAAAUCAACCUGGGGAUCUAUAUGUUACCAUCAAGGUCAGGGAAGACCCUGUUUUCCGCAGAGAAGGUGCUAACAUUCAUGUAGAUGCUGUUUUGAGUGUCACUCAGGCAAUUUUGGGAGGUACUAUCCAGGUUCCAACUCUGACUGGAGAUGUUGUACUUAAGGUCCGCCCUGGCACCCAGCCUGGUCAGAAGGUGGUUCUGAAGAACAAAGGGAUUAAAACAAGAAACUCUUUUACAUUUGGCGAUCAAUUUGUGCACUACAAUGUCAGCAUUCCAACGAAUCUGACCCAGAGACAGCGUGAAUUGAUUGAAGAGUUUGCCAAAGAAGGGCGAGGUGAAUAUGAUAAGCAUGCUGCUGCUGGAGCAUCCAGAUGAGAAACCAAUUCUAUCAGUUGAAUUCUUUGGUAUCAUUUACUCCUUUUUUUUAUUUUUUUUAUUGGGAACAAAAAAGGAUAUGGAGAACAGCAAAGUAGCCAGUAAUCCACCUGCCUUAAAAAGUUUUGUGAGAGAAAUUUUGGGCUGGAUUUGACAUAUUUUUUAUUAUUUGUAACGUAUGCAUUAUUCCCAGAAAUCACUGAUAAUAAUUAUUUUUUAGUCCAACAGCUGAUGAACUUGCACCCAGUGGGCUUUUGUACAUAAUUUUAUCAUAAUUGUAUUACUUAAAACAACCUGAGGCCCAAUUUGAUGAUGUAGCCUUAAGUUGUAUUUGAUCA